CCUGACUCGCAAUUUAUUCUCAUUUUGAAGUUAAACGGCCAUAGGAUCAUCAUACUUACACGAUGGAUUGGCCCCCUGACGGUUUGGAGUUCAACACGCAAAACUAUCCGAAGUACCACCAAGUCAACGAGUACCUUCCUAACUACGAGCGCGACAAAAUUCGCAUCUGCCGGUGUUGGCAGAGCAAAAAGUUUCCCUUCUGUGACGACACGCACCGCCAACUCGUCGAAGCCGGUGAUGAAGUCGGUCCUUUGGUGGUGCUCUACCGCCGGCGAGCCGGCAUGCCGGCCGGGGGCGUACCGCCGCCAAGUGGGGGAAGCUUCCCCGCGGAAACAGCCGCAGUGCCAGCCAUGGUCAGCGCGAAUCCUUUCCGCACUGGCUUAGCCUCUCGCGUACGCGCAGGGCUGCUCGUAUGGAGAAAAGGCGGACCAAUGCCAUGGGUGUUGCGAAGCGGAAAUACAACGAACUUGCCUUUCGCAUUUUCUUGUUUCUCUAUAGUUGGAUUCGGUUUGGGCUGGGGCAUCGCGGGUUUAUGCAGGAGAAGUUCCGGCGGCGGCUCUGCGCCAAGUUCCGCUACCGAAGCGCGGGAGGGAAAAAAUCGUCGCGCGCAAUUUCCACAGCACACAAAGGAGCAGUCACAGUCUGUCGGCGCUCCAGGAGAUCGGAGCAACCAAGCACACGCUGGCGAUUCACCCCCUGGCCCCAAUGAAGCUGCAUCGACUACUACUAGUUGCGAGCAAGGAGCGGGGGCGACGCCUUUCAGCUCAUGGUCGAUGCCGUCUGCCCGCGAACUAUCAAGGAGAUACGGCUUCUCGUUUUCUCGCCCGCGAACAGUUCCCUCUACUGUUUCAGAUGGUACAACUAGCGACCUCCCACUGCAUCCCGCUUGGACCACCUGUUCUUCGCAGCUACUCCAACAUCCCGGUCUCGGUAACUCCUCGCUGUUACCUCCCCACGAAAUUAUCAAUGGUUUCGCUGCUGCCGGGGUCGUUGGGCAGUCCGCCGGGCAGGGGAAUAAUGGUGGCGCUCCUGUUUUCGGAUCAGGAGUCGAUUUACAUGGUCCCGGGGAGGAAGCCCUCGAUAGUACCCCACAGCGUGAUAUAGACACCACCAGCACGGUCGCGUCCGAGGAGGACCUGUCUGACGACGAUGAACACAUUGCGGACUCAGGGAUGAAUAGUAGAUCUCGCAACUAUCAUCCUGGGAAGAGCCAUAGAGACGAAAGAAAGUAGAUAAAGCAGGACAAACGACUGCGGGCGCUUGAUGAGUAAAGCAAAGACCUGGCGCAUGUUUUGGGUCGUGAAGGGGG